AUGUCGCCCUCCGCCCCGCCCGCGCCCGCCCGCUUCCUCCUCUUCGCCGCGGCCCUCGCGCUGCUCCUCCUCUCCCCAACCCUAGCGGCCUCCGACCCCGCCGCCGAGCCCUGCGCGGCGCCCCUCGACGCCGCAUCGCUGGACGGCGGGGGCGGGGGAGAGGUCGCGCUCUGCCCCGUGCGGUGCUUCCGCCCCGACCCCGUCUGCGGCGCCGACGGCGUCACCUACUGGUGCGGCUGCCCGGAGGCCGCCUGCGCCGGCGCGCGGGUGGCGCGGCGCGGCUACUGCGAGGUCGGCGCCGGCUCCGCGCCCGUCUCCGGCCAGGCGCUCCUGCUCGUCCACAUCGUCUGGCUCUUCGUGCUCGGCGCCGCCGUCCUCCUCGGCUUCCUCUGA